AUGGUGAUCCGGUCGCGUGAUGAUGAAUUCUCCAAAGGUCCCCGCAGUGCUCACACCUUCGACGACACCCGCUCCAUGCGUAGUGCCCGGCCCCCUCCACCCAGCGUGAGGGAGCGGGACGAUAUUAGCAUUCGACACAGUGAUGCGCCCCCUUCGCGCAGCCGCGCCAGGGAGGUCGAGACCGACGAGACAGACAUCACAAUCCGACGCCGCGAGCAGUCCAGGGGACCCACUCCAAGACAGGCCGAGUUCCGUGAGACCGAACGCGAGGAUAUCGUCUUCCGUCGUGGUGAUGGACCCCCUUCCAGCCGCCCUCGUCCACGUGAGGUCGACAACGAGGAAGUUCGUUUCAGGGGCCGUUCAACUCGCGAUGACAUUGACUUCCGCGCUUCUCGUAGUGAGGUGAGCCGCAACGGUAGAGACGUGUCGGCCGAGCGAGGCUCCAUUCGCUUCAAGGAGCGAGACGGUAACUUCGAGCUCCACGCCAACCGCAGGGAAUUCAGCCGCGAGGGCCGAGAUUCGAGCAGGGAGCGGAGCACCUUGACGAUUAGAGGCCGUGAGAGGAGUCUGCCUCCUCCAGCACGGAACCGCGGUGAUCUCAUCGCUAGAGAGCGCGAAGAGUUCGUCAUCCGUCGUCCACGUGAACACUCUCCGCCUGCGAACAACCGUGAUGUCGUUAGAGACGAAAUCAUCAUCAGGCGCAAGGAGGAGCGUGCCCCGACCCCAUCUCCUUCUCCUUCUCCACCACCACCUCCGCCGCCAGUCCCUGAACCAGAAAUCAGACCACCUAUCAUUCAGGAGAUCAUCACUCAUCACCGACACAUUGACCAUGGUGUGAUCAGGGUACGCACGCCGUCCCCACCUCCACCACCAGCGCCUCCUUCUCCCCCACCCAUGAACGAGACGCUUGAGAUCGAGAUCAACCGACGAGAGAGCCGCGGAGGCAGGAAAACGAAAUUCGACGAGCUUGAUCUUGAAAUCAAUCUCAACCGCGAUCACAGCAGGGGUGGUGAACUCGAGGUGAAGCAGAAGAAGAAGGACAUGUGGACCGAAAUCACCAAGGAUCUGGUCAUCAGAGAGGCCAUUGAGUCCAUGGGCUACUCUUACGAGGAGACGGAUGAAUUCUUCUACGUCAUGGAGUACCUACGUUAUGAGGAUGUUCUUCACCUUGUUGAAAUCUCGGACACCAUCCGGGCAAAGCGUCAGAGCCGUAUCCGCGAAAUCGAGAUCGAGCGCAAGAGCCUUCGCGAUUCACGGCCUGCGCCAGCGUAUGAUGAGCGCUUCUACGAGCAUGAAGUCGCUUUCGAUAGUCGCCGCAGCCGUGGCGGAUAUCGCUAA